UCCCAAAAUUUCAAAAAUAUUUUCCAGGCUCCAGCUGAUUUUCUCCUUUCCUAAAAUAGAAAAAAUUAAUAAUAUCAAUCCGUAUAAUAUCCAAAAGAAGAAGAAAGAAGAACAAAAAUGGAAGCAGCUACAAAUUAUGUCUACAGCAAUGAAAGACCAGAUAGUUGGCCAUUAAGCCCAGAACAAGAGAUGAGCAUUAUGGUAGCAGCUUUAAAGCACGUGAUCUCCGGAUGUCCAGAACCACCUGAUAGUGGGUCCCAAUUAGUCAACCAAGCAAUCUCCACGUGGUCAACUUCAAAUUCUGCCACGUAUCCAACACUCCCGCCAAAUGAAGAUUUAAAUACACAAACAAAUAAUGGCAGAAAAAGGAAAAGAAAAUAUAAUAGGAAUAGAUUUAGAGGAGUAAGACAAAGACCAUGGGGUAAAUGGGCUGCUGAGAUUCGAGACCCGCAUCGUGCUGUUCGUGUUUGGCUUGGAACAUUUGAGACUGCUGAGGAAGCUGCUAGGGAGUAUGAUCGGGCUGCUGUUCGGUUUCGAGGUCCACGCGCUAAGCUUAAUUUUUCACUUUCGGAUUAUUUGCCGCAGCUCGAAGAACAACAAAAACCGGAUCAACAUCAUAAAAUUGAGCAGCAACAGAGUGUUGAUCAACAAGAAGGUGAAACGUUUGUGCAAAUCACCGAUCGAGAAGAACUUGAUGUUUGGGUUAAUGGCAUGAUUGAUGAUAGUCCUCCUUCCUUCACCUUAAGCGGAGACCCACAAUGGUAGUUUCCAAAAGCAAGAGUUUUACAAUAAUUUAGGAUUUACUAGACAUCUGCAGGAGUAUAUAUUUAUAUAGAUAUAUUAUUACAUGUAUAAAUUAUGAAAAAGGAUUGUAUGUAAUUAUAAAAUUGGUUUUUGUAAGGGAUGGUUGAUCUGAUUUAUAUAUAAAUAGGUCAAGCAAUAUUAGUGGGUCUCUGUUUUUUCUUACACCUAAAAGAAGGAAAUCUUUUGCGAUGAAAGAGAGAAUAUGAUCUAAUUUUAAUGACAAAGGGAGUACAAAUUAUAGUCAUGAUUAAGUCAAACAAUUAACGCUAGGGAUAAAUUUGUAUAGUAUAAUUGUUGUUCAUCUUCUGAUCGAGUAAUCUUCUGUUAAUGGCUAAUUUAGCCUGCCACUAAUGUAUAAGUACAUGUGAAUAUUUGAAAACAGGGUCCGCUGGUUAAAUUUUGAAAACAGAGAAUUCGGUGGUAACGUAUCAUUAUAAAAAUUGUUAGGUAACAGGGACUGGACUGGUGUACCAGGUAACCCGAUUGCACAUGACACCUUUUUUUACCCAUAUAUA